UGUAACGAACAAAUGAGCAUCUUAACUCUGGUUAUGUGAUUUUUUAUCUGCGAAGUUGUCUCAUGUUUGUUCUCUUUUUAGAUCCCAGCUGCUGAUUAAAUGAAGUGAAACGCAAACGCUUGCGAUGAAUAUGACUAGCAAUUCUGUGGAGAAGCCGAUUGAAGUUAGUAAGGAUGAGUGGCUCACACGGCUCGAGAACCUGCACAUUCAGCGUGCCGACAUGAAUCGGCUCAUAAUGGAUUAUCUUGUAACAGAGGGUUUCAAGGAGGCAGCGGAGAAGUUCAGGCUUGAGUCUGGCGUGCAGCCUUCAGUGGAGCUAGACAGUCUAGACGAGCGGAUCAAGAUUCGUGACGCGAUACAGACCGGCAAGAUUCAGGAUGCGAUCAGUAUGGUGAACAAACUGCAUCCGGAGUUGUUAGACAGCGACCGAUUGCUCUACUUUCAUUUGCAGCAACAGCACUUGAUCGAGCUAAUACGACAGAAGGGCGUUGAGGAUGCGCUGCAGUUUGCGCAAGUGCACCUAGCAGAGAGGGGCGAGUCUGACGCUGAAAUUCUCGCUGAACUUGAGCGCACGUUAGCACUGUUGGCCUUCGAAGAUCCUGAGGGAUCACCGUUUGGAGAACUCCUACAUCCGUCGCAACGGCAAAAGGUUGCCAGUGAGCUGAAUGCUGCCAUACUGGAAGUGGAAAACCGUAAGGCAACACCGAAGCUUGCAAGUCUACUGAAGCUGCUACUGUGGGCGCAGAGCGAGCUAGAUGCAAAGAAGGUGAAGUACCCAAAAAUGACGGACCUUGCCAACGGAAUCAUAGAAGCGCCAGCAAAAUGACUAACCGAGCGGCGCAAGCUCAUACAGGUGGACUUUGGGAGCCUCAUCUUGUAAAUAUCAGUGAAGAGGCUUCUGCAGAGAAAUUCUUCCCAUAUUGGCUGCUUGCAACAUUUUCCUUCACGUUCACUAGAUGGAGCCAGCUGUUGGGAAGUGUUCAUCAAGUCAUUAUUCAUGUCCCACCAAUCUUACAGCAUUCCGUGCUCCUGCCUCCAUUAGUGAAUGCUAUGUAGCCUGUAAAAUUUUGUUUCUAAAAAGAGUUGUCAGUCAACAUACAGCUAAAUGUGCUGGAUCAUAGAUGCCAUUUACCUUGUACAUAUAGCUCAUAGGUGUACAGCAAUGUCACAAGACGAUGAGAAUAUCGGGGAAAAGCACUCAAAUAAUAAACAAUGUUCAGUAUUAUUGAAAAAGGAGUGUGUACAAUUUUGUUAAUGAUGUGAGAAUCCAAAGUAAUAUAUAAUAACUCAUAUUAACUGCAUCACUGCUGUGACUUUCUGGAUAACGUGUGUAGGGAUGGAAUUAUGAUUCCAGCAUUCACAAAACCUAGAAUUUCAUAUAUCAACGGACAGAUUUCGUAGACAUUUGUCUGUAUCAUGCUAAACUAAAUAGCAGCUUUUAGUGGUAUCAAAUUUGCCCGCAUAGUUUUGAUGGAGUAGGAUAGACCCACUACAUUACCAGUAUACAUGUGCAGCAAUAUUUUGUACGUAGAGAGGAAUGCUGGAAUGGAAAGCAAUUUCUUUGCUUAUUACAGAAUCUAAAGGGCAUCACAAUUAGAGCUUUUGAACUGCUAGUUUGAUCUGUGUGUGUCCAGUUAUUGCUGCUGUAAUUUGUUUGUUGGUCCACAAAUAACAUGUAGUUUCUGUAGACAAUACAGACUGGCAAUGUUAAUCGCCAUAGGCCGAUCUAAAUUCUGUGAGCGAUAGGUAUCACAACGUGUGCUAAUAAUGUCCAUAUAGAAAUAACAACCAUGUAUGUACGACAGUGGCCAAUAAAUUAAAAAAGUUAGGCGAUGAUAAUCUCAUAAAAAUAUUUGAAGCCUAGCAAACUUCAAUGAUGAAGGAGAGAGAUCAACGAUUACCAAAUUGGUUGGAUCAGUACUCCCAAUAGCAGCUCAUGAGUUUUUAACCACCUAUAUAUGUAACUAUUUCUAUUCAGUGAAACUGUCUGUUAUUUGAGUGUGGGAUUCGCCAUCAAAUUAUACUGUACUCUGGCGUCAUUUCGAUGUCAAUUCAGUUGAUAUUAAAAAACCAUUUUGUGACAGUA